GGAAACUAGUCGUUUUUAAACAUUAAGCAAAGCAACAACUAAUGGAUUUUGUGGUGCGAAAGUUUUUUUCAUAAAAACAAAAAUAAGAUUUGUUAAACAAAAUCAAAAUGUUAUUUUGGAAAUUUUUUAUCAUUUUAAGUUUUAACUCGAUAUGGGUGUGGGGUGAAUAUUGUACGCGUAUUACAAGGAAACCUAUACAAUAUACAAAAAGUAGAAAUGGUGCAAUUAUAAAGGAGACAAAAUACGAAACGAAAUUGAUACGCACUUGUUGCAAUGGCUAUCGUCCUAAAAAUCAAAAAUGUGUACCCCAUUGUCCGAAAGGUUGUGCAAAUGGUAUUUGCGUGAAACCUAAUAUAUGCGAGUGCAAAAAGGGAUAUAAGUUUUUCAGUGAAUUUGUUAAGAAUCGCUGCAUUCCCGACUGUGGAAAAUGUGAGCAUGGUUUCUGUAGUAGACCUGGAACGUGUACCUGUAAUAAGGGUUUUGUACUAGUAGGCGAUACAUGUAAACCGCAGUGUAAUGACUGUGAGAAUGGUACUUGUGAAAUACCCGGAAAAUGUGAGUGUAAUAAAGGUUAUAAAAAAUCCAUAGCAUUCUCCAAAUGUGAACCGAUCUGCAGCAAUAAUUGUCCAAAUGGCAUUUGUAUAGCACCGGAGCAAUGUGCUUGCGAUAAGGGUUACCAAAUAAAUGCUCAAAAUGUUUGUGAACCAAUAUGUGAGAGUGGCUGUAAAAAUGGCAAAUGUAUUGCACCCGCUAUAUGCGAGUGUAGUGUCGGCUAUAAGAAAUCUAUAAAAGAUUUGGAAUGUGAACCGAUUUGCGAGUCUGGCUGUAAGAAUGGCAAAUGUAUUAAACCUGGUUUGUGUGAAUGCGAUAGAGGUUAUAAACUAAAUGAACAAAACGAAUGUGAACCUAUAUGUUUGGGUGGUUGUUUAAAUGGCAAAUGUGUGGCCCCCGAUUUCUGUAAAUGCAAUGAUGGUUAUAGUAUGCUAACACCCAUAGCUUGCAAACCGAUAUGUACCACAGGUUGUUCAAAUGGUAGCUGUAUAGCUCCAGAAACCUGUAAAUGUAAUGCGGGCUAUGAAAUGAAUUCAUUACAACAAUGUCAAGCUAUUUGUAAGACUGGUUGCCCUAAUGCUAAAUGUGUGGCACCAGAUAAAUGUAUGUGUAAUGAAGGCUUCGAAAUGAAUAUCGAUAAUAUAUGUCAACCUAUUUGCCACACGGGUUGUCCAAAUGGAAAAUGUAUAGCUCCUAACAUAUGUGAGUGUAACGAGGGUUACAAAAUGAAUUCACAGAAAAAUUGUGAACCGAUAUGUCAGGAAGGUUGCCAGAAUGGACAGUGUAUAGCACCAAAUACUUGCAAAUGUUUAUCGGGUUAUAGCAAAUUAAAUGCUACUGCCUGUGAACCUAUUUGUCUAUCCGGUUGUGCUAAUGGUAAAUGUAUUUCUCCCGAUAUCUGUCAAUGUAGUGAAGGUUAUGAAAUGUUAACACCUAAUAACUGUACUGCAAUUUGUAAAGACGGGUGUUUAAAUGGACAAUGUACGGCGCCCAAUUUCUGCAGCUGUUAUAUGGGUUAUUCCAAAUCCACACCUAGUACUUGUGAACCUGUAUGCGAAUUGGGAUGUCCUAACGGACGAUGUAUAGCUCCCAAUAUUUGUGAAUGUGAUGGAGGCUAUGCACUAACAGAAAGCAACAAAUGUGAACCCAUAUGUAGAGAGGAGUGUAAAAACGGUUUUUGUACAGCUCCUGACACAUGUGAAUGUUAUUUUGGUUAUCGGAAAUUUUCAAACUACUAUUGUGAACCGAUAUGUAAAUCUGGCUGUCCUAAUGGUAAAUGUACCUCGCCUGAAGUUUGUGACUGUAAUGAAGGUUAUGAAAUGAGUUUCGAAAACAAAUGUGAAGCAAUUUGUAGUUUAGGUUGUUCCAAUGGUAAAUGUGUGUCACCUGAAAUGUGUGAAUGUGAUCAAGGUUAUGAAAUGAAUUCGGAAAACCAAUGUGUACCAGUGUGCAAAGAUGGUUGUCUUAAUGGUCAGUGUGUGGCGCCAGAUAUUUGUGAAUGUUUCGAGAGAUAUAAUAAAUCAUUACCGCAUAUAUGUUUGCCCCUUUGUGAAGGUGGGUGUCCGAAUGGAACAUGUGUGCUGCCUGAAAUAUGUGAAUGUGAUCAGGGUUAUGAAAUGAGUGCAGAAAAAGUAUGUGAACCGGUUUGUUCGGAAGGCUGUGAGAAUGGCCAAUGUAUUUCCCCUCAAAUUUGUGAGUGUAAUGAGGGUUACCAAAUAAAUGGUACAAAUAAAUGUGAACCGGUUUGUUCGGAAGGCUGUGAGAAUGGACGAUGUGUUUCGCCUGAAACUUGUGAGUGCGAUAAGGGUUACCAACUAAAUUCCGCGAAUAAAUGUGAACCAAUUUGUUCGCAAGGCUGUGUGAAUGGUCGAUGUGUUUCGCCUGAAAUGUGUGAAUGCUUUGAAGGUUACCAAAUGAAUGACACAAAUAAUUGUGAACCUGUUUGUUUGGGAGGCUGUGAGAAUGGUCAAUGUGUGUCUCCGGAUACUUGUGAGUGCCAUGAGGGUUACCAAAUAAAUGCCGAAUAUAAAUGUGAACCGGUUUGUUCAGAAGGCUGUGUUAAUGGUCGAUGUGUAUCUCCGGAAACUUGUGAAUGUGAUAGAGGUUAUCACCUUAAUCUACAAAAUAUGUGUGAACCCAUUUGCGAAUAUGGCUGUUACAACGGUUACUGUACAUCCCCAAAUUAUUGUGAAUGUGAUAUUGGUUAUAUCAAAUCUUUGCCUCACACAUGUGAGCCGAUUUGUGAAGCGAAGUGCAUCAAUGGAAAAUGUGUGGCACCAAAUCGAUGUGAAUGCGAUGAGGGUUUUCAAAGUACCUCAUCAAAUGUAUGUGAACCAGUAUGUGAUGGAGAUUGUAUAAACGGUUACUGUGCAGCACCAAAUAGCUGCCAAUGUAACAGUGGUUAUGCAAAGAAUGCCACCGGUAUUUGUGAACCGAUUUGUGAGUCCAGCUGUAAUAAUGGCAUAUGUAUUGCACCAAAUAAAUGCGACUGUAAGGAAGGCUAUCAGUUAUCAUCUCCCACUCAAUGCAAUCCAAUAUGUGAAGAAGGUUGCAUUAAAGGUCACUGCAUUGCACCAAAUCAAUGUCAAUGUGAAGAAGGUUUUCAACUAGCAACACCCACAAAAUGUGAACCUAUUUGCGAAAUGGAAUGUGUCAAUGGUCAAUGUACAGCACCUGGUGUCUGUACUUGUAAUGAGGGCUACUACCAAGCUGUUUCAAUCAAUAUUUGUGUACCUAUUUGUGAACAAGGCUGCUUAAACGGUCUCUGCUUGGCUCCUAACCACUGUGAAUGUGAAGAAGGUUAUACGAAAGUUUCACAGAGUUAUUGUGAACCGAUUUGCGAAGAUGGUUGUACAAAUGGCACCUGCACAAAACCCGGCAAAUGUGAAUGUAAUGAAGGUUAUGAGCUCGAUUUUAGAAAUCAUUGCAAGCCUGUGUGUCAUCAAGAAUGUGUGAAUGGAGAGUGUAUAGCCCCCAAUACUUGUAAGUGUAAUGAUGGAUUUGACAAAAACUCAGAGGGCCAAUGUGAACCUGUAUGUAAAUCGAAUUGCCUUAAUGGAAAGUGUGUAGCUCCCGACACUUGUGCAUGUAAAUCUGGUUACACUAAAGUUACAGCAAACAUAUGUGAACCUCUAUGUGAACCAAAUUGCCACAAUGCUGAAUGUAUUGCUCCUGGUAUGUGCAAGUGCCUUGAAGGUUUCGAACAAAUUAACUCUACUACUUGUGGAAGACCCUGUAAAACGGAGUGUUUAAAUGGAAAAUGUUCAAUGCAAACCGGCAUUUGUGAAUGUCCAGCCGGUUAUCAGCUAAACGAGGAAGCCAAUUGCGAGCCAAUAUGUGUCCAUGGUUGCUUUAAUGGUUAUUGCUUAAAACCUGAUAAAUGCGAAUGUCAUAAAGGCUACAACCAAACAUCUUUGGGUAAAUGUGAGCCCAUAUGUGAACCAAAUUGUAAUAAUGCCGAUUGUAUAGCUCCAGAUGUAUGUCAAUGUAAGGAUGGCUAUCAAAUGUCUUCAAAAUCUCAAUGUGAACCUAUAUGUUCUACACCAUGUGAAAAUGGUUUUUGUAGCGCUCCGAAUUUAUGUCGCUGCAACGAAGGUUAUGAACUAAAUGUCGACAAUAAAUGUUCUCCCAUCUGCCAGCCGGAGUGCUUAAAUGGCCGCUGCAUAGCUCCAAAUAAGUGUCUCUGCCCCAAGGGUUUUCAGCUAAAUCACAAAAAUGAGUGUCAACAAAAAUAUGCUGACUACGAUGUUGCAACACAAGCAACUAAAGAACAACAAACAUGCUUAAAAACUUGUCUCAAUGGACAGUGUUUGGAUGGGAAGUGUUUAUGUUCAGAAAAUUAUCUUUUAAGCAGUUAUGGUCCGAACAACAUAUGCCUGCCCAAAUGCCAACAAGAUGAAGAUUGUUUUAAUGGCGUAUGCGCGGCGGCAGGUUUUUGCAAGUGCCUAGAUGGUUUUGAGUUUUAUUAUAAAACUUUACGAUGCGAAAAACGUGUUCUAAGUGGUAGCCAUGGGGCAAUUUCCAAUCCGAUUUUAAAGUGGUUGUUCAUAUUUGCUUUGAUCUCAUUUAUAUUGGCGUUGACGAUACUGAUAGUCAUGUAUUGUCUGACAAGGAAGGUGUCUUAUAAUGUGGAUAAGAAGGAAAGUGAAUUUGGUUUAAUAAAACUUUCCCAAAAAGCCGAUAUAAUACGUCCACCAAACAACCUUGAAGUGUAAUAUAUAAUAAUUUUUUUCGCUUAGUGUAUUUUUACCAUAAUUUUAAUUAAUCUUUAUUUGUA